AUGAAACUAUCCACAAUAUUUCCAAGGAACUCUAUCCAAGAAAAUAAACAAAUUUAUAAAUACUAUAGUACCAUACGAUCCUUAAUUCCAGCAAUUGGUCUAGAAGUUCAUGCUCGAUUAGCAACUUCUACAAAAUUAUUUUCAAAAUCGAAAAAUGAAUCCUCUGAAAUUCCUAAUUCUUCAGUAGACUUUUUUGAUGUAUCUCUUCCUGGUACUCAACCAGGAUCUAUUAAAUCAGCAUUGGCCUUGUCAUGUGAAUUUCCAAAAAAAUGUUCUUUCGACAGAAAACAUUAUUUCUAUCUAGAUCAGCCUUCUGGAUAUCAAAUUACUCAAUAUUAUCAUCCUUUAGCUAAAAACGGAUUUAUUAAGUUAUACAAAUCAAAUGAAAAAAAUCAACCCGAGCUAUUUAUAGUUAAAAUUAAAGAAAUACAUCUUGAACAAGAUACAGGAAAAGUUUCAUAUCUAUCUAAUCCAUCAAGAUCAUUAGUUGAUUUUAAUCGCAUGGGAUCAUCAUUAAUCGAAAUAGUUACUACACCAUGCCUUUCAUCUGGAAAAGAAGCAGGAGAAACUUUGAAAGAAAUUCAAUCUAUUCUUAGGAAUAUAGGUACUAGCGAUGCAAAUAUGGAAGAUGGGGGAUUAAGAUGUGACGUUAAUGUAUCAAUUGGUAAUAAUCCAAGGUGUGAAAUUAAAAAUUUAGCAAAUUAUGAAAUCAAACGACAGAUUUCUACUAUUAGCUUAGGCAAAAAAAUUGAAAAACUAACUCUUGGAUAUGAUAUAAAAAAAAAAACCACAAUAGAGUUAAGAGAUAAAGAAGAUACUAUAAGCUAUAGAUACAUACCAGAUCCAGAUCUCCCUGAAAUUAUACUUUCAAAAAAACUAUUAGAAGAAUGUAAAAAUUCUCUUCCUGAGCUUCAAAAUGAUAUUUUUCAGAAAUAUUUAUCAUAUCCUUAUGAAUUACCACUGAAAACGAUUAAAACUUUAAUUGAAAAUCAUGCACUUGAUUAUUUUGAGAAAAUAUUAAAAAUUUUAGGAAAUCCAAAAAAUUAUUCAAAGAUAACAGGAAACUGGAUUGUUAAUAAACUUAUAGGACAACUUAACAUUCGAAAUAUUCCAUUUGAAAAAAAUCCAGUUAGACCAGAUCAAAUGGCUUCUAUAAUUGAAGCUAUUAAGUUAGAAUAUAUUACAGAUAUAUCAGCCAGAUAUAUUCUCCUAAACAUAAUUAAUGGUGAUACACGAGAGAUUUAUGAUAUUAUAAAAACAUUUAACUAUGAACGUACUUCUGACACUUAUUUAAUGCUAGAAACAUGCCGAAAAAUAAUAAACAUCCAUAAAAAACAAGUUGAUCAAUAUAAAUCAGGCCAAAAUAAAGUGUUAAAAUGGAUUUUAGGAAAAGUUAUAAAAGAGACACAGGGAAGAUUUCCAGCGAUAGAAUUAGAACAAUUAUUGCAAAAGGUUAUUAAUAAAAACAAUAUUUAA